AUCACGACCAGAAAAAGCAAUUCCUUGUAAAUAACACCGCUCACAUCUUCCGCUCGCGUCACAAGUCAUUGACAUAACAGCGUGGAGCAGACGCUGCGUUUGACUACAGACCCGUUCGCUCGUCCGAAUAAGAUGGCCAACAGAGCGAUAGGUGCCAUUGUAGGAUCAGCAGUUGCAGAUGCAGCAGCGCAGCCUCUCCACUGGGUGUAUGACCUCCAGAAGCUGCAGGGGAUUUUGGCUCAGCACCCGAGCCCUGAAUUCAUCUCUGAGUCGGCCAACCCUUUCUACAGGAGGCAGACGGGUCAGCAGAGCUGCUACGGUGACCAGGCCUUUGUUCUGCUGGAGUCCCUGUCUGAAUGUGGCGGUCUAAAUGUUGACGACUUGACGCAGCGCACACUGAAAUUCUUUGGCCCUGGAUCCGACUAUGACACGCCUCUCAACAAUCCUUACAGAGAGAAGGGUGGGCCGACACCUCAGCUGCCCAUCGAGGGACCAUGGAGACAUGCUAGUUUGAAGAGUUUCCUGAGGAAUGUGGAUUCAGGCAAAGAGGAGACCGGCUGUGAGAACGACUGUCAGAUUGAUGGGAUAACCAAACUGGCUCCUAUAGUUGCUUUUUAUGCAGGGAAGCCCGACAUGCUGGACAAAGUUGAGCAGGCAGUCCGUGUCACCCAGAACAAUGAUGCAUGUGUGGCAGAGACUCUAGCAGCUGCAAGGUUGCUGGAACAUUUUAUCCUGAAUGGUCCUGAUCCCAAAGCUGUGGACUCGGUGCUCAACCAGCUCAGUGACCCGAACAGAAAGCAGCCCCAGGAUCUGGACAAAGCCAUCAUCGGGCACAUUCAUGAGGUGAAGAAGAAUCUGUCAAAGACUCCUCAGGAGCUGAUCCCCGCUGUGUUUCCGAACACAUGAGGUUUGCCUGGUGCGUUCCAAGCAGCGCUACACGGAGUCCUGACAGCCAAGAACUUUGAGCAGGCUGUCCGAGACACCAUGAGCUGUGGGGGAUGUACCUGUAGCAGAGGGUCCUUUAUUGGAGCCUGCCUCGGGGCUCAGAUUGGAUUUGAAGGAAUUCCAGCUGCAUGGACAUCCAAAACUCUGCUCUAUGGCUCAGUGUUGGAGCAUGCCAAGAAGAUAACCCAGCAACACCAAUAGUUGUGGCCUUUUUCUGGUAGCGUAAUGUGCUUAAGGAGGCUGAGGACAAAAUGAAACACUGUCGAGCUAUCGGGGAACAUUGUAUGAAGGUUCUUGUCUAAACUACAUGACGGCAGGAGCCAGAUGUUGUUGUCUCUGAUGAAGUUUUACAUGUUGUUUCAGAGUUCUUUUGCAAUAAAGUCAUCCUUAAAAAAAUCAUGU